GCUGCAGCAGCAGCACCGAUAAUGGCAGCAGUGAUUUACGUAAAUUCUGACGUUCUCACCGGUUACCUCACGCUGGUGCUGGUCUGUCUGGCUGGAUUCGCUGUCUGGUUCGUGUCAACGUCGGGAACCCGAUACUGGCAGUUUUUCAGCGUACCGUACAUCGAGGGGAGGCCCUUUGUGGGAAACUUCCUCGAUGCGUUUCUGUUCCGGAAGAGCACGUUCGAGCUGAUGGAUGCACUUUACCAGAAUCCGAAAGUCGACGGAAGCAAACUAUUUGGGGUGAGCAUACUGAUGCAACCGGCACUGGUGCUGCGGGAUCCGGAGAUGAUUAAACAGAUGCUCAUCAAAGAUGCUUCGUAUUUUAGUAACAGAUAUAUGUGCACCGAUCGCUAUCACGACGCCAUUGGCUACUACAACCUCCUGAUGGUAAAAAAUCCCCACUGGAAGCAGUUGCGUACCUUCAUGACACCGUCCUUCAGUUUGAACAAAAUCAAACGAAUGCACGCCCUCGUUGAUCAGAUCGGUAAAAACAUGCUGACCCAGUUGGAUGAUCUCCCGCUUAAACCAUCUCAAAUACGCGAAACCGAAUUCAAGGAACUGUGUGCCCGUUUCACCACGGACGUGAUUGCCAGUACGUUCUUCGGUAUCCAGGCCAAUUGUUUGAGUGAUGACGACUCCGAGUUCCGGUACUACGGAAGAAAGAUUUUCGAAUACGGGCCGAAAAGGGCUAUCAAUAUGGCGGCUUUUUUCUUCAUGCCGGAACUGGUACCGUAUUUGGGGUUCAAGCUGUUUCCACGGGAUACGGAACGGUUCCUGAAGACGAUUAUUCUGCAGGAAAUUUCCCGGAGGGAGGCGAGCGGUGAAAGUAGAGGAGAUUUCAUCGAUUCGAUGAUUGUGCUGAAGAAUAACGAUGCCACGAUUGGGAUCGAGGAGAAAAUUCCUUUAAAGGACGACAUUCUUGUGGCGCAGGCAGCCACAUUCUACAUGGCCAGCUUUGAAACGACUUCUUCCGUAUUAUCAUUCACACUGUACGAGCUGACUAAAAACCCAGAAAUCCAGCAGCGCCUCCGGGAGGAAAUUCGCUCCAGCAUCCUCAAGUACGGCCGCGAUCUACCGUACGAAUGUUUGAUCAACGAAAUGCCCUAUCUGGGAAUGGUCAUCUCGGAAGCGGCCCGUCUUUAUCCCGUCCUUCCCUUCAUCGAACGUCAGUGCUCUCUACCGGAUGGGGCCACCGGGUACAAACUGGAACCAUUCCACAACUUUGUCGUACCGAACAGGAUGCCGGUCCUAGUGCCCAUCUAUGCCAUACAUCGGGAUCCUAAGUUCUUCCCGGAUCCCUUGCGCUUCAAUCCGCAACGCUUUUCGAAGGAAAAUUUGGACCAAAUCGUUCCUUGCAGCUACAUGCCCUUCGGAGUUGGACCUCGGACGUGUUUGGGAUCGCACUUUGGAAUACUACAGAUCAAGGUUGCCCUCGUGCGGCUGAUGUCCAAGUUCAAGGUCGUCCGGUCCCCGUCCACUCCCGAGACGCUGACGUAUCGGAAGAAUGCCUUCACGUUGCACUCCAACGAGGGGUUGUAUGCGGAUUUGGAACUGGAUGAGCUGUGAGGAGAGGGGUGUGAGAAUCGGUCACAUCGUGGUUCCA